CGCUCCGAGUUGGAUGCGUUCAGCUCAUUGACCGGCGAACAGUCCACAUCAGUACCACCAGAGCCCCCGGAGCUUUCGACAAAACCGGCCCUUCAUUGCCCCCCUAACAAAGCGAGACGCAGCCUCAAGCCUCCCCAUCCCGCCAUGAAACAGACUCUGAGCGAACUGAUGAGGAUGAGCAGGAUAUGCCGGAUGGUUUUUGCCACUUGUUUGGGAUCGUUUAUUCUGGUCAUCUUUUAUUUCCAAAGUAUGUUCCAGCCAGUCAUGCGGAGGAACCCCUUUGUGGCUGAAGGCUGCUGCAGGAAAGGGUCUCGCAAUGCCCUGCAGGAGCUCUACAAUCCCUCACAGUCGGACUUGUCAGGGACUGCCGUCCUCCACCAGGCCAGGAGGGAUCAGGUAGUGGAUGCCUGCCGGGUUUACAGUGCAUCCAGUCGAAAGCGACGAGUACUGACACCUGGAGACCUCAAACACCUUGUGGUGGAUGAAGAUCACGAGCUUAUCUACUGCUACGUCCCAAAAGUGGCCUGUACCAACUGGAAACGAGUAAUGAUGGUGCUCACGGGACGGGGCAAAUACAGUGACCCAAUGGAAAUCCCUUCCAAUGAAGCUCAUGUACCGUCAAACCUGAAGACGCUGAACCAGUACAGCAUUCCUGAGAUCAACCACCGCCUCAAGAACUACCUCAAGUUCCUCUUUGUUCGUGAGCCCUUCGAGAGGCUGGUCUCUGCUUACCGCAAUAAAUUCACCCUCAAGUACAACUCGUCCUUCCACAAGCGUUUUGGCACUCGCAUCAUCCGGCGCUACCGUAAGAAUGCCACACAGGAUGCCCUGCUCAACGGCGCUGACGUCAAAUUUAAAGAAUUUGUUGAGUACCUAGUGGACCCUGCCACGCAGCGUGACGGCCCACUCAACGAGCACUGGCAAACCGUCUACCAGCUUUGUCACCCUUGUCACAUCCACUAUGACUUGGUGGGCAAGUAUGAGACUCUAGAGGAGGAUGCAAACUACGUGUUGCGGCUGGUCGGUGUCGGUGACUCCCUGCGCUUCCCAAGCUAUGCCAAGUCCACUCGCACCACAGAUGCCAUGACUGCUCAAUUCUUCAGCAAUAUCAGCACCCCAGAGCAGAUCCAACUCUACCAGCUUUACAAGAUGGACUUCCUCAUGUUCAACUACUCCUUGCCCAGCUACUUGCGGCUGGACUAAUGGACGACAGAGCUGGGAAUCUGAGACGGGCUGCCUUAUUUAAAGUGAGGCUACAAAAUGAGUGAAGUUCAGAGUUUUGGAAGCAAACUUGAUUUUAAAAACUGUCAUUGUACUUUGUAGUUGCAGCGUCUGAAAUCGAUGUGUAAACAGUGCUGAAGGAUUGAGGUCAUGCGUGCUUGUCCUGGUAUAAGUUUAAGGAUGUUCAGUCAGCAGAUACAGAGAGCACUGAUGGCAUUGGACCACACGCAUGCAAAAACUGAAAUGUGUUGGUGAAGCAGGUCUUCAAGGCGUUUUAAAAAGGGGAGCUUAUCCUCAAAAAAGAGGGAUUUUUCUGAUGAUGUUCCCUUCAUGUUGAAACAAACUGCUGAUAAAUUAGGCUGCUUCAGUUUCUGCAAACAGCAGCCUUGCACGCAUCCUGACCCCCAAUGCAUUGUGGGAGCUAAGCUUAUCUCCCUUUCCCAUAAUCAACAGAGAAUCUCCGUCAAAUUGUAAAGCAGAUCUUGUCCUUUCGCCGCGCUGUCAGUGUGGUGACUUAGCACCCAUUAUCCUUAGCUGUGUAAGAUUCAUCUCAGAAGAAAAUUGGCUCAUCGCCUCCACAAGGAUGCCUUGUAAUCGAUGGCUCCAGGUAUCCCUUUCAAGACCUUUUUUUUAGCUAUAACUAUGAUGGGUGGAAAACUGUUUUAACAAAGCCAACUGUCACUGCUUUCUGUCAUUAUGAUGUUGGCUGAAAGGAUUUCUUUGUUACACCCCAAUGACUUGGUGAAAUCAGUGGCUCCUGCUACAGUCUACAAGUAUACAAGUCGUUUAGAGCAGCAGGAACUGGUUAGAAAGUAAGGGAUGUGUUCAUGUGGUCGGGUAUAUCAGCUGCAACAGCUGAAGUAAAGAGACAACCUGUGGGGUUGUUAAGUGGUUAAAGUCUUCAUGGAUGCAACCAGGGCCACUUCCACAAGGCCCCUGCACCCAAUUAAACAUGUAUUUCAGUAAAUUAAGACUACCCAUCUGUCUUCAUUCUUAUCUUUGUUCUUGUUGUCUUAUGAAACAUUGCUGCGAGCAGCAAUAACAGAAGAUUAUUUAAUUUGCUUUAUUGGUUGAACUAAGACUAAUUUUGUAUUUUUCUUUUCCUGGCCUGAAGAAUUCAAGAGUUAAAACUGGUGUUAAGAGUUUUGUUUGUUCAUAUCUUUCCUUAUUUUUUGUUUCUGAUUCACUUCCCCUCUUGGCUUUGUCCUUCUGUGCAUGAGUUAGUCAAAGAUCUAUUGCCUACUGUCUAUUACCCAAUUUCAAAUAUUUGGAUCUCAACCAAAAUAGCCAAAGGUCUCAUAGACUGAAAGUCAGCCUUCAACCUUCAGUGCUACAUAUUGCCAUUUAGCAAAUUCAAAACAAAACCCCCGUCCAGCACACGUUUCCAGAGCUCAAGAACUAGCUAUUCUCUUGGUGUACGUCGAGAUUAAGCCACAGAAUUAGAGACAGUCUCUUUAUAGUGCUUGUGAUUAAUGGUUGGCAGUGUUAAGGUUAAUAACUGCUGCACUCUCCAUCACAGGCUGUUGUGUAAGCAUAACACCAGAGGGAGACGGUGUCAGGCCUGUAUGUCCCACACUGCAUAGAGAGAUGGAGUCUUUCCAUGUCUUCACUUCUCUGUAAAAUCUAAACCACUCCACUGUUAAUUACACUGAGAUGAACAAAGCUUCAUCUUAUAAGUAAAUUUAGGCGUUUAUUUUAUGGAGUUCUUCUUUUUAUUAAACCAUUUAAUCCAGCAGAUUUAUUACAAUCACGUUACUGAUACUGCAGAAUUGCUAUUGAGUGCGGAAGUCCCUUAAGAGCCCCGAAGACUUGGAGCUAGUCCCUGUAGUUUCAUUAAUUUGCGAUUGUUGACCUUUAGGGUCUCCAGAGCCACAGGUUGAUUGUUCAGAAAUUGAUUUGUUGUAAUUAGCAAAUAUGCACCACUGCAUGUGGCAACUCAUAUUGGCUUUAGAUACCUUUUAAAAAAGAGGGGGAGGUACAGAUAAUUUGUGGAAGGACAUAUUAAAAGGAUCUAAAGAUGCAUCCUGGUCUGUUACCUGAUAUUAAAGGUUUGUCAAAUUAAGAUUGAGUUUAGCAUGUUUUUACAGCAGCUCAGAACGAGCAAACCAAACAUGAGAAGGAUUAGGAAAGGUUUGUUUACCUGGUUGCAUUCUGGAACUUACAUGCAAUAUUUUACACAUUGCUCCUUUAAAGCCAUUUUAAAGGUGCAUAUCACAGAUUUAACACAACAACUUAUCUUUUCUCAUUCCCCCCAAAUUGUGAAGGACUAGAUGAAGUUGUCUUUUGCCCUAUAAGGAAGUUUCCAUUACAUCUGGUGAAAGAAAUCUAAAACAAAAUUUGUUAUUAAAUUGCAUUUCGGGAAACAUAGGAUUCUUUAUUAAUGGUGCAUGACAUAAAAAAGAAAAAUCAGAAAAAUCUCACUUUCUUAAGUUUUGAUCUGUAAUUAUUUUUAAAAACUGUCCCAUGAAUGACCAAAUUUUUGAAGGUGUAACAUGAGAACAUUUAAGGUAAUUUUGCAAACACCUCACUGGUUUUAAUAGGUAUUAAAAAUCUGGCUAAAAUUUGUUUUGUAAGGAUGGCUAAGGUGUAACUUUUUCUUAUUUGGGGUAACUCAAUUGCGACCGCAAACAAAAUGCAUAUUAAGUGAAGAUAAGCAAAAAAAAAAAAAAAAAAAACAUUAAAUAUAGUGCUGACAAGUACCACACACUACUUUCCUCUUUCCUUUCAUU